CGUAUAAAACCAGAAAUAUUAAAUGUUAUUGAAAUUAUUAGAAUACAAACAAGUGGUUUAUUGGCUUGUUUGUACUCUGGAUCGCUCAUACAGAUGCACAUAAACACAUGCGCACCCAUGCUUACAUACAUAAACAGUAUAUGAAAGUUUGUGAAGACACACAUAUAAAUAUUGAAACUCAACGAUCGCCGUUGAUGAAAGCAAGUGCAGAAAUCAAAUGAAAUUAAAUUUGCUGGCAAUUUAUGUGAAUUGGAUCUCAAAAUACAUGCAAACAUUUAAUGAAAUGUUGAACACAGUAGACAGCCAUUUGUUUAAGAAUGUUUAUCAAGCAAGCAGUCUUCAACGUAUUGUCACACUUAACACAACUAAGACGGUUUUAAAGAAGGAUAACAAAAAAUCCUUGAAAAUUAUUUCCAACUGUUUGCUGUCAGCAUGUCUAGUGCGCCUUUUAGUGAUGAUAAGACAACUUUAAAAAAUGAUGAACAAGUUACACCGAUAUUGUGCCAGGGCCUCAAUAAGCCGCGAAGGACAAAACCCUUGGGAGAGCGUAGUAAGGCUGUAUGGCGUCAGGAAUUCAUGGUUUUCUUAGGCAAUGUUGGUGUCUUGGGUGCGGGCAUGGCAGUUGCAUUGCCGUCGGUAACCUUGGAUCAAUUAACUAAUGCUAAUGAAAGUUUUCAUCUCACGAUAGAAGAAGCCAGUUGGUUUUCUUCUAUCAACACUAUGGCUUGUCCCUUAGGUGGCCUUUUAGUUGGUUAUUUAUUGGAUCGUGUCGGGCGUAAGAAUACCAUCUUAGGCACCCAUAUAACAGGAGUUCUAGGUUGGGCUCUACUAGCUUCUUGUACCAUGUACAGUGACCGUACAACAAUAUUAAUACAAAUGUUAUUGGCUCGUUUUCUAUCGGGUGUUAUGAUUGGUCUCUGUCUCUCGCCAGUGGGGGUCUAUUCGGCAGAAAUAGGUUUGCCGCGAAUACGAGGACGUCUGAUAUUGGGUACUUCGAUAGGCAUAGCAGCCGGUAUAUUAUUCAUGUAUAUAUUGGGUUACUUUAUCAGGAACAAUUGGCAGCUGAUCGCUAUAAUAUCGACUGUUUUUCAAAUUAUUUCCACGUUAUGUGUCUUACCUAUGCCGGAGACACCUAGUUGGCUAAUGCAGAAAGGGCACUUGGAAAAAGCUCGAAGAUCCCUAAAAUAUUUCCGCGGUCUUAACAUGAAUGAUAUCGCAUACUGUGAGGAGUUCGAAAAUGAAUUCAAUCAGAUCAAACGUAGUUCCGAAAUAAGCCGGAACACGGCUCAAACAGAGUCGUUACUGCAGGUCGUAUGUGCUCCUGAAGUUUACAAGCCUUUGUUAAUCAUGAUUGGAUUCUUCGGCGUUCAGCAAUGUUCCGGUAUAGUGGUUGUUGUUGUGUUUGCUGUACAAAUUGCUACCGCAGCAGGAGUGUCCACAGAUCCCUUUCUUUGUGCUGUAAUGGUGGGCGUAGCUCGUAUAAUUACCACCUUAUUUAUGAGCUCUUUAUUCGAGCGUUGGGGUCGAAGACCUGCUGGCAUGUUUUCUGCUUCCGGGAUGACUGUAUGUAUGCUAUUAUUGGCUUUAUCUGGUUGGUAUCCCAAGGCUUUUGCUAGAGUCUCGGUACUGCCUGCCGUAUGUAUCGUUAUGCAUAUCAUCUUUUCGACCAUGGGCUUGUUGACUUUACCAUUUUUUAUGAUUUCGGAAGUGUUUCCGCAACGUUUUCGUGGCACUGCAUCGGGGUUAGCAGUGAGUUUAGGUUUACUCGCCUCUUUCGCGGUUGUCAAACUCUACCCAUCUAUGGUGAUUGUUAUGGGCACCGCUUAUGUGUUUGCCUUUUAUGGUUGUAUAUCUUUAGUGGGUGUGGCUUACAUAUAUUUUCUCAUACCAGAGACAAGAGGUCGCACUUUGUUGGAAAUUGAAGAAUAUUUCCGUACGGGACGUAUGGUCUCAUUAGAUCAAGUUCUCGAGCAAAACCUUGAAAGGGGCGAAUGUAAAGAGCUUUUUAUUAAAACUUAAUUUAAGAACAGAGAUGAAUGAAUGAAUUAAUGAAUAAGUGAUUCGUGUACUUAAGCAA